AUGAAGUAAUAAUUUUUUUUUAUCAAUCGCGACUGGCUGUUUUGCUCGUAAUCAGUGCGAGUGCGAAAUCGACUACGAGAAUCGUACCGAACCAAACAACUGGGAGGAAAACGAGUAUUUUUUUCCGAACUGAACUGUUAGUGCCCAAGUGUUUAUAAAUAUUUCUAUUUAGGAUACACAUUUCUUUAUCGAAAAAUUAAUAACUUUUAAUCGAAUCUAGAUUGGUUGGAGUGAAUAAUUAACUCAAGAUGAAAAUAUGACCUCUCUAGGUGUUUGGAAGGUGUCAAAUCCCUUUCCUCUUACUUUACCUAAACCUGGAUUUGAAAAUAGAAGUUUUAUUGAUGUAGCUUCCACCUCCAAAGAUGCUCUGGCUAUCUCUGAAAGUGGAGGCUCACUAAAAGUACAAACUGAUGGUCCUCAUCUUGUCAGUUUAGGUAGUGGAAGACUUAGUACAGCAGUAACUAUUCAUCCUUUACCUGAAGGGCGUGUUUAUGUUGGCUGUCCUGAUGUACAUCCUCCGAAAGAUGUUGUCAUCAAUGGUUUUGGUAUAGAAAAAGACCAUUGUUUUAUUGACAACAACAAUGGGCUUGUGACAAUAUAUCCUCAAGAUGGAGAAGUUUCUAUUGAUGGUGUCGUUGUUAACAAACCCACUUGUCUUUCUCAAGGAUGUAUGCUUUGUCUAGGACGUUCAAAUUUUUUUCGUUUUAAUAAUCCCAAGGAAGCUCAUUUAAUGAAGCAGGCUUCGCCAACGCCAAGAAAACUACAAGUUUCAUCUGGAUUUGUUCCUGUGGAAUCAGUUUCUAAUCAGUUACCUUCAUUCAACGGAAACCGUUCCCUUGUUGACCAGUACAUUGAUAGUAUAGAUUACGUUGAAAAAGUAUCAAAGUUUGAAUAUAUGUCACACAGUCAACCACCUGCCAUAACAUCACAAGACACUCCAAAGUACUUUGUUAAAGAGGGAAUUCGAAUCCUCCACUCUGCACCUCCUGUAAUGCGGAUGCAUAAAAACUUCUCUUCUGAAAACAGCAUCAAAAAUCCUAGUCCCGUAUCUAGAAUCUACAGUCCUCUGUUAACAAAGCCUGGUUUUUCUACUCCUCCUCCAUAUCCGCCUCGUUCAACUCCUAAAGUGACUAUGUCUCCUAAAACCAAGAGAUUAUAUUCCAAAACUCCUGAUCCUGUCAUGAUGGGUCGGGAUUCUCCAGCUACUGUCUGGUCUGGGCGUUGUACUCCUACAUCUCCUGGAUGUAGGAGCCAUCAUGUUAGUGUGGAAAACUUAAAGGCAUGUGAAAUUGAGCUGCAAGAACAACAUCGUAAGGCUGUUCAAGAGAGGCUUAGAGAUCAAGAACAGGAAAAGCAAGAAAGGUUGCGCUUAGAAGAAAUUUUGAAUCUGUGUGCUGAGUACGAAGAACAGUCACAGCGAGAAAGAAACUCUAAACUAAAAGGUCACAUUGACAAUAAAGAGGCAGCUUCUUCAUCUUCAUCAGGAGAAUUUAGCUCAGUGUCAACUGAUUCAUCAGUUCCUGCUUCUACCAAUUCUUCUAACAAUUCCCAUGCUCCCAGUUCUAAGUCAGACUCUAAUGUUGAAGGUUAUUCUUCAGAAGAUUCUAGAUACAAUGGUGCUCCAAAAUAUCCUACCCUUCCUUCUCCAAGGAUCCAGAACCAAUCUACACCUAUUAGCCUAAACCUAAAAAAUGUUCCCAUUUAUGCUCCAUCAAGUGGCUAUCACACUGUACCAAACAGAAUUAAGACCAAUGGAUCAUUGCCACGUGAUCGUGGUAAAAAUCAAAUUUCUCCUACCAGUGAUUCUUCGACAUAUGUUGCCAAUAGCUCUUUAGACUGUGUUAAUGGUAGUAAUGGUGCCACUUUGUUUGUCAAUCAUAAAGCUUUGAAUUCUGCCUCAUCGGAAGAUGAGCUAUGUGCUAUAUUGGGGAACAGUUCUAUGACUAAGCAAAGUCCUAGUAAUGAGCAUGGUCCUAGCAGCCCAUGCAUGGGUACUACCUUUCUUACAUAUCCACAUUCACCAAGAAAUCGUAUUAAAACUGUUGCAGGCCACCAUGAAAAGCCACCCGAAGUUUACGAGAAUAAGCAUGCAGUUAACAGUCUUGCUGCUAGGAAAGAUUUGACUUUGACUCUUCCUUCUACGGAACCUCUUCCUCAGAAUCUUAUUCAUUCAGGAACUUAUACUAAUGCCAAUUUUCAGUCUCAGAGUCAUAUGGGUAUAGACAUAGACGAAGAAAUCAAUAAGCUUCACAAAGAGAAACAAGGUUGCUUGCAAAAUGUUAAUGGCAUCAAACAUAAAGUCUCCGAUUUGAAAGAAUGCAAGAAUGAAGUACUUAAUGGGCUUCAGUUAGAGUUUGAUUUACUUGCUGGGGAGUUAAAAGAUAAAGAGAUAAUGCAAAUAUCAGAAGGAACUAAGCUUGCUGACUUUCAAAAUCAAAAGUUAAUAAUGGAAAAGAAAUGUGAAAUUGCACAACAAGAAUUGGAGUCUGCUAAAUCAAAAGUGAGACAACAAGAAAAACUGGUUGAAGAUUUACAGAAUGAACUGUUGUGUAUUCAGCACAAGUCCUUGCAUGAGUCAGAAAUAAGUUCAAAAUUAAAUGAAUUGAAAGCUCAGUCAGAGCUAUUAGAUAUUGAAAGAAAAGCAUUUGAAGACUUGGAAUUUCAGCAACUUGAAUCCCAAGCUCAUGAAGAAGAUGAACGAGAACUAUUGAACCAAGAACUUGAGUGUUGUAAAGAAACUAUUGCUCAAAGACAAAUUGAGCUUAGUGAAAUAUCAAAACAAAUGCAAGCUAUAUCAUCUCAAAUAGAAGAGGAAAAAUUAAAAUGUGAGAAUCAAUUGAAAAUAUUUACUGAUGAGCUUCGACAGGAGGUGAUGAAUUUGGAGCUUAUAAAUAGCAAAUUGAAAGCUUUAGCUGAUAUGAAGCCUAGUGCUACUCCUUUUUCUAGUCCAGGUAGUAGUCCCCGAACUUCAGACUCAGAAAUUGAGGGCCAAAGAAAUGGGGUUUAUAAUAUGCAGUCUCACCUAACUAUAGAAGAUAACAGUUUAACAAGACGGCAGUCAGAUCGCAGUGAUAAUUGUAAUAGUUUUCAUAGCUUUGAAUCUGAAUCAUCUAGUCUCACAAGUUCUGACACUGGGGGAGAGAAUGGACGAAGAACGGAAGAUAAAAUUAAAACUAGUGAUAGGACAAUUGAACCGAAUAAGGUCCUUCAGAGAGAACGUGCCAUACAAGCAACAUUUCAAGAACAAACACUUUUAGUUAAUCAUCACCAUCAAAAUGGAAACUUUGAAGUCAAGUUAAGAGAUAAACCUAGGUCCCAGCGUCCACUUACUCGUUAUCUUCCUAUAAGAAAUUCUGAAUUUGAUUUGCGCCAGCAUAUAGAAACAGCUGGACAUCAAAUUGAACUUUGUAUCCAUAUUCACUUAACAUCCACUUCUUGUCAUGGUUAUCUUCAUAAGUUAGGUGGAACCUGGAAAACCUGGCGAAAGCGAUGGUUUGUCUUUGACCGCAUUCAAAAGGCGUUGUUAUAUUAUAGUGACAAGGGCGAGACUAAACUUAAAGGAGGUGUUAAUUUUCAAGCUAUUGAGGAAGUAUAUGUGGAUCAUUUACAUUCGGUAAAAAGUCCAAAUCCUCAAUCUACAUUUUGUGUUAAAACUUACGAUAGAGUUUAUUAUUUGAUGGCUCCAACUCCUGAAGCAAUGAGAAUCUGGGUCGAUGUUAUUUUUACUGGAGCUGAAGGUUAUCAUGAUUUUCUUGGAGAAAUUGAAUGAACAUGAAAAAGUACCAAGAUUUUUUUUAAAUAAAAGGAGCAACAUUAAGCUUGAUUAUAUUCAAGUAAGUGGAUGUAAUUGAUUCUUACGCUAUGAUAUAAUGAAUCUUGCGGUGUCAUUCAGGUGAAGUGUUUUGAAAAUGAUGUGAAAAAUGUUCCUUUGAGUGCUCGUUCUUGUUGAUGUUGCAAAAACAAAGAUGUAUCAGUGUUGUUUAUGUUGUACAGUUUGUUUCCAAAAUUAAUGUCAGUUAUACAUAAUUCCUCUAAAUACAUUCAUUUAUUUCCUUCCUUAAUAAUCCUAUGUUUGUUUUUAACAAUUGUUUUUGUGUAAAAAACAGUAGUUAAGCAUUUGCAUGAAGUUAUAUGUAUUCUUUUACUUAUUUAAACUAAAUAUAUCUUAAUUUUAAUAGUAUAUUUAUCCUCUAAGUGUUGUAUCAGUUAAGUAGUUGUUAAAAGCAUUAUGGUGCAUAUUUUAAAAUAGUGAUAUUUACUAUGAAUAUUGAACAUUUUUUUUAUCAUAUAAUUUUUCAAAAUUAUCUACGAAAUAUUGUUUAUUUUAUUUUAUAUAAAUCAUUGAAGCAUUUCCGUUAAGGUUAAAUUAUUAUAGAUUGUUAAGAUCAUUACAUAUGUGUAUUCAGAUUUUUUCUAUUAAAAAAAUACCUGAAUCUUUUAAAUUUGGAAUGUAAUUUCAGUUAUGUUAGUAAUGUCGAUAAAAAGAGCAAUUAAUGUGUAACUAAAUUUAUAGUAAAUUGAAAUCUUCUACAAGUUUUUAAUGACGGAAUUUUUAAGCUACUUAUUGCAAUGUAAAGAGAUAAAUAAUCAAAAAAUACUUUUAAAUUUUAACUAAAAAAAGGAAAUUUCUAACUGUAUAAUUUUAGGAUCUAAGAAUAUUUUCUAAAAUAAUAAUUGUAUAUAUUUUGUAUGCUUGUUAUAGUUUAACGUUUAUUUCAAUGUCUUGCCAGUAUGUUUCUCCUAAUUUUUACAGGAAACUAUUCUGUAAAAGUUGAUUUUUUUAAAUUUGUUUAUGGGGAAGAAGGACACUUAUUUUUAUUUCUUGAGGCAUUAUUAUUUGUAUAUUUAUAAUAUACACCAUUAAUAAAAAAACAUAAAAACUAAUUUAUAAUUGAAAAUGCAGAAUAAAUUAUGAAAUAAAUUCUGACAACUGCGUGUAAUAUUUCAGUAUAUUUCUUUUUGUUACAAUUAUAAACACGCAAGCAUGUUAAUUUUAAACUGUAAUUCUUGUCAUUUUAAAAUUUUUGAUUUUGAAUAACAAAAUACUGUUUGAAAAAUAGUAUAUGCUUUCAGUACGUUAAAUCAUUCUAAUAAUGAUUGAUAUUUUAACAGUUUUUACAUUUUAACAAUUUUUUUAUAUUUAAAUUUUGUGAAUUUUUUUUAUCUCCUAAAAAUAUAAUUAUGGAAAGUAUAAAACAUCUUAUAAAAUUCAUAUUUUUUGUAACAAGUUUGUAAAUUGGAACUCAUUGUAAAAAAAUUUCAUAAAUACUUACAAUUUAAUCUAUAAAAUGUAUGUAAUUUGUUUAUUGUUAUUUUCACCAUCAGGAAGAAGAAAAUUCCAUAACAGUUGUUACAAUUUUUACAAUAUUACCGAAACUCUAACUUGAAAAAUGUUAAUAUAUGAGAAGAAAUCACUAGUAAAUCUUCAUGUUUGUAAUUAUCUAUGAAAUAAUGCCACUAGUAAAUCUCUAUGACAUCAAUUAUAACAUGCAAAGUCGCUAGUAAAUUUCUGUGUUUAUAAUUCAAUAAGGGAUAAAGGCACUAGUAAAUUUUGAUGUUUAUAAUUCAAUAAAGGAUUAAAGCACUAGUAAAUUUCUAUGUUUAUAGUUCAGUAUGGGAAAAAAAGUCACUUGUAAAUCAAAUUUGUUCAAAGUGACAAUCUGUUUAGCAACAGUGGAAUAUUGCUUGACGAGUUUUUAGAAUUAAGUGUGUAUAUAGUGUAGAGUAUUAAAAGAGCUUGGCUAUGAUAAUGACAUAUCAUUUGAUUUUUUUUCUCAAUAAAGCUCAAUGCACUUUUUCAAUAUUGUGAAAAAUUAGUAAAAUUUUCACUGCCUUUUUCAUUCUUGUAUUUUUAUAAUGUUAAAAUAUGAUGGAUUUCAUAAUUUGAAAUAUGCAUAGGUGCUAAAUGAAGAAACUGAAAACAUCUUAUUGUUUAAAUUCCUGCAUAGUUAUGCAGUAUGUUUAAAUAGAGCACUAGUUUGUGAGUGAUAGUUUUUUAGAGAAAUGUUUCUAAUUUUUGUUUCUGAUCACUGAAAAAUCGGAGGUGUUAAAAUUGCUUAAAUAGUAAUUUAAAUGAUCAAAUUGUGCCUAGAUGAAUAAAAGUUUUAUAUGGGCUACAUUAAUUUACUCAGUACUUCUGGUAAUGACCUAAAUAUUUUUAAUCUCUAAAUUUUUAUUAUGCCAAUUCAAGGUUUUAAUUUUGCUAAUACUUUCAUUAAUCAAAUUUAUACUGUGAAGCUGAAAUUUUAUGGAAAGAUAACUUGGAAUGUUAAUAUUAAAAAGAUUUAGUUUAUUUUGUGUUUUAUUAAUUACCAAUAAUAAACAUUAUACAAUGUGAUAUGAAAUAACCCAUAUUGUUGGCCAUUUUUUAUACUAAUAUUUUUAAUUUGCUAUGUUUCCUACUGUCACCACAUUUUUCUAAGCAUUUUUUUUAUUAUUAUCUUUCCUUCAAAUAUUUUUGAUAGAAAGUGACCAUUCUCUUAUAAUUCCACUGAUAAUUUUUGCACGUCUUAUUCACAGAUUAAAGAAAUAAAGUGUGCUAUUAUAGCUGUAGUUAUUUUGUUAUGAUUGAAGUUGUUUAUAACUAUAUGUAAAUGUUUUUUUCGAAACCCACAUCAUUUAAGUCUCAAGCUGUUACCAUUUAUAAAUUUAACUUAAAUAUCUUAAAUUUAUAUUUGAAAUCAAUGUUUGAACUUUUUUUUUCUAUCUUGUUUUUAAUUUAGUUAGUUUUGAAAUUUUGUAUUAGUUUGUAUUACAUUUUAAUUUGACCUUUUAAUGCAAUGUAUUUUAUUCCUUUGAAAAUCUCUCAGUAUUUCAUUUUUUCUAGUGCUUUUUCUCUAUAAAUUCGAAUUUUAUUAGCUAAUAUGUACAUAUUGUGUCUUAGCCACCAAUUGUAUCUGAUAUUAAUUUGAAUGUAUUACUGUAUUGAAGUGUAUAUAAUAAUUAUAAUGUUCAGUCUGUUACGUAGUAUAUUUUUGAAAUAAAAGAUACACUGUGUUGUGUACUGUUGGUUAUAAAUAAUUAUAUGAGAAGAUAACUUUGGGAAAGUUUAAAAAAAAUUAACUUUUUUUAAUGUCUUUUGUCCAUUUUGACGCAUCUGUUUAAUUUUCUAAUAAUGUGUUCUAUUAUUUCUCAUUUUUUUAAAUAUCUAAAUAUGUUUCUUUAAAUAAUUGCUUUAGUUUAAAAUUAAACAAGAAAAAAAAAUCUGGUAAAUACUAUUGGUGCAAGUGAAAAAUAGCCAAAAUUAAAUCUUAAAAUAAAGAUCAAUUGAAUAUUACUGCAAUAGAAUAAAAUUUAGCAUUUAAUUUUGUCUAGAUGUUUGAUCUAAGUUUUCUGUCAUAUUUAUGAGUGCCAGCAGUAGUUUUGUAUUUCUUAUGUGCAAAAAAACAAAUUUGAUGGAAUUUGUAGUUGAAAUAUGUAACUCAGACUUCACACUGCUGAAUUCUAUUUUGUUGCAGAGGAAAUUUUCAUCUAUAAAUAUUUUUUUAAAAAUUAUUGCAUAAUUUGAAUUCUUUUAAAAAAUGAAUAAAAUAUUUUGUGUGCACUUGAGUGCUAAUUCUAAGUCAUUGAAAUAUAUAAUUUCAAAAUUUUAGAAGACCAGUAUUCUUCUUUUCACAUGUUAUUCAUUUAAUCAGUGCAGCUGUAUUCAUUAUGUAUGUGUCACUGUUUACAUCAUUCAUUUCCAUUUGUAGCAUUUUUUUUGUUUUGUUUUUAUUGAAAUAAACAAGUCUGAAAUAA